UGUUUCAGUUCAAUGGGCGUGGCAGGAAAAAAAACCAGACCGUUUCGCGCACGCGCACAUUAUCGAACGUCUAGUUUGGGAAAUCAGCAAUGAGUCCACACAGCAAUGAGCCGUAAACGCAGAAGGAGCAUUGUGGGAUUACACGCGAAACAACACACCGUGAUUUCAAGACGGACGAAGAAUGUCCCAUACGUUGAGAGGGUGGGAGGCGUGACGGGUUUGUCCUGUUUUUCCUCCUGCUGUUGAGACACGACAUGAGAGCUCAAAGCCCUGGCUAAAGUGGAGCUGAAAGGGAGGGAGGUGUCCACCAUCCUCUGGCCGUCAUCAUUCUCCACAGCACCGGCGCCAUAGCAUCCCAAGGCUUUGUGUUUCGGCGAGCAUCUGUGUCACAAGAGAUUACAUUAGCAGUGUGGAAUGAGACACCGACUUGCGUGAAAGUGUCUUCUGUUAGAAUAAUGUUGCCGGGCGUGGGUGUAUUUGGAACAGGGCAGACGGUACGUACCCUGGUGCCGUUGCUCCAAAAGGAAGGCUUCCCUGUUCAGGCUGUUUGGGGCCGUAAGCAAGAGGAAGCAGAGUCACUAGCCAGCGAGUUGGACAUUCCCUUUUCCACUAACAAGACAGAUGAUGUGCUGCUACACCCAGAAGUCCAUCUUGUCUGCAUAUUGACACCUCCUCCACACACACGGCAGAUUGCGGUAAAAGCUCUAGGUAUAGGUAAAAAUGUGAUCAGUGAGCAGGCAGCUACACUGACAGAUGCCUGUAAGAUGGUGACAGCGGCAAGAUAUUAUCCACAGCUUAUGAGUAUCAUGGGAAAUUCCUUGCGCUUCUUGCCCGCAUUUGUCCAGAUGAAACGCCUGCUUGGAGAGGGUUAUUGUGGGAACUUGCAGGUAUGUGAAGCACGUGUUUAUGGAGGCUCGCUGCUCAGCCAGUCAUAUGGAUGGGCAUGGGAGGAGCUCAUGGGGGGAGGUGGCCUGCAUACAGUUGGCUCAUGCAUCAUUGACCUCCUGAGCCACCUCACGGGACGUCGGGCUGUGCGAGUGCAUGGAAUGCUCCGGACGUUCGUAUGUAAGAGUGGCCCGGCCGGAGGGAUUCGAUCUGUAACCGCAGAUGACUACGCUUGCUUUCAGCUGCUGAUGAGUGGAGGCGUGGUCUGCAGUGUGACAUUAAACUUCAAUCUACCUGGCACAGAUGUGCAUGAGAUCAUGCUUGUGGGGUCAUCAGGACGACUUGUUGCUCGAGGAACAGAGCUGUACGGCCAACGGGCCAGCAUGCAAGUAGAGGAGCUUCUUUUGAGCGAUGGUGGAGAAGCUGUUGGGCCAUCUGUCAGGGGACUGAACGGCAUGGUGACUCAACUCAGACUAUCUUUUCAGGCACAAGAGGACAGGCGCUCUUGGGUGCGGCAUCCUGUUUCCAUGGCAGCCUCCUUCGAGGAUGGGUUGUAUGUACAGACGGUUGUAGAUGCUAUCAAACGGUCAAAUCGCACUGGAGAGUGGGAGUCAGUGGAGGUCAAGAUUCAGGAUGUUGACCCAAACCACAACCACAGAACCCUGCCAAACUAACACUACACACACGGUUACAUUUUACAUUUGCUAUCUCAAGGUCAAGCCUAUUAAUAUCAUUCACCUUCUUUUACAAUAAAAUAACCAUGCUUUCAUUUUAAGCAUAAAGAUAUUAAUUUAACUGAAAGUUUAUGCAUAAUAACUGGAAGUUUUAAGUUAGAGUUGGGUUGCUAAUGCUUAUGCAAAACACUGGAAAUGCAUCACUGGAUAGGAAUUGUGGUUUCAGGGUUGUUUUGUUGCUUAUUUACUGUAACAAAAACAGAUGUGAAAAGCUUAGCUGUGAAAAACAAUUUCUGUGCUCUUCAUGUUUUUAUGUGAUCUUUUGAGGUUAAAUUUGAGUCACAGGGGUUUAAAUGUGAACCUCUUACGUUUUUAUAUUUAUAUGAAUAGUGAAUAUAAUAAGCUUGUGCUCUGCUGAGGAUUUUUUCUGUAUAUGUGUGCAUGAGAGAGAGAGAGCUUUAUGGCACUGAUAAACUUAUUAUGCUGGACACUAGAUAUCAUUUACUGUAAUGUACCUGUUGUGACUUAUAGCCUGAUGUCCAAUGCAUUGGACAUGCUAACGGUUCUACUAAGCUGCACAAAGUUUAUUGAAUUAUAUUUUUUAUUGCUGAAUUUGUGUCUGUGCACUGUUUAAGAGCAAAUGAUGGGUUGGUGUGUGGAUGGUGUUUUUAUUCAUUGUUAUAAGUUUAAAAAUAAAUAUUACUUAAUUUAACUAAAUAUUUUAAAAUCUGAGUUUUAAAACAAAUACCCGCUGAAUAACAGAACAGAUAUUUACCUUAUUUUGUUCUUUUUAAAUGUGGCUUUGACACGAAUAUCUGCCGGCAUUCUAAAGGGGGCGCUAAAGGGUUGUGUCUAGAUGGUAACCCUCGUUUGAAAUUCUCGCGAGAUUAGUUAAUGUUCUAUGCUUCGAGCUCUUGGUUUGGGAAUCGUGCAUCACGGAGAAUGGAC